CUAUUUUCCAAUGUGCCAAAAACUUGAGCUCGGUAUUAAUUGUGAAUUUUGUAAAUGAAAGCCAUAAUAAUAAUUUGUGUCAGCGUGGCACUAUUGCCUUCUAUCAUUCACAGUGGCAGUAGUAGUGAUACUUACAGUGGUAUUUACAAUUAUGUUGGCAGCAGUAGCAGUAGUAGUAUCGGUGAUCCCGAUAAAGAACUUAAUGAAGCGCAUGACAGACUUGAAGUUUUACUGAAAAAUGAUGGAAACAUUAAUAAUGUAUUCAAACCAACAAAAUUUCUUGGCAAAGGCGGCUUCAGUGUUACUUAUCUAGGUAAAAUGCUUCGAACUGACAAAGUUGUUGCUAUGAAAUUUUCACCAACGUUUAAAGAGGAUAUUGAAAAUGAAUAUGCAAUGUAUACGUAUCUGGGCGCUAUUAAUAAUUCAACCGUUGAGAAUUAUGGAAUUCCGACUGUUUAUUAUUAUGGAAAGUGGGAAGAUUGCUCUAUGAUUGCCAUCACACCGCUCGAUCCACAGUUCAAUCAAAUAGAAGAAAAUCCGGAAAAAAGAUCAUCGUUGACAGAUGUUGACAUUUUUAUUAUAUGCCGAGAGUAUGUGAGAAUAUCCAAGUUUAUACAUAGCCGUGGCGUUUGUCACUGUGACAGCCAUCUUGGGAAUAUAAUGUUCAGAGGCAACAAGGGCUUCAUUAUUGAUUUCAAUUCGGCCACGGAACUGACUGCAGACAGUGAAGAUUGCAGAAUAAGCGACUGGCGAUUUCUACUGAAUCUAUGUGAUUUGGCUGGAAUUGAAGUUGAUUGGAUGAAUAGCCACCGCAUGAACGCAUUUCUAAAAAUUCCCAAUCUUCAAAGAAAAGGAUUGAAAAAAGUUCUGCUGGAAUUCGUCAGGUCUAUCUACCGCCCUCCAGCAGGUCAACUGGACUACCAUCGAAUGUUUGAUAUUAUAAGUGCAGAAAUUCAAAAUAAGGGAGUUCGCGAGCCGGCUAUACUUUCAUGGUUGACAACAGAAGAACAGAAGCGCCAGGCAAUAGCUGAAUGGAGACGCCUUCCCACGUCUGAUAUAAGAUUUAUUAAAUCCAUUGCCAAUCCAUACACAGCACAGUUUAGCUAUCCGCCAGCAAACUACAGUUAUUUCGCGAGUCUCUGAUACACAACAAAAUUCGAAAGAUUUCAAAAUUGAUUUUUCAAAACCAUCAAAUCAGAAAAUAAAAUAUGUUCUUUUCGAAA